UUUUCUAGUAUCUUUGACAGAAAAGGGAGAUUUGAGAUCGGUCUGUAAUUAACUAGAUCUUUGGGGUCAAGUUGUCCCAAAAUUGAACAGCAGCUGCUUCAAAUAAUGAUGCACUCUGGACCUAUAGUAUGUGCAUUAAUAUAUCGACCUCCCAAACCAAACAAGGACUUUAUUCAGCAAUUAGCUGACUUUGUGAGUGGACUUUUACCCAUGUAUAAUGGAGUUUUAAUUUUGGAGGAAUUUAACAUCCAUGUCUGUUGCCCAUCUGAUACUUUGGCAAAAGAUUGUUUAAAUCUUGUUGAUUCUUUUCAUUUAUUGCAACAUGUACAUGUGGACCAGACAUGUUCACAAGUCUCUGAGGUCCAAGUCCAAGUCACGUCUCAAGUCUUUGUUCUAUUUAUUAGUAACAGUUCUUUCCGCUAGGAAUUGAGGCUUUGAAAUACUGAUUUCACAAUAUGAUUUUCUCAGAAAAAAACUUUAAGAUAAAUUGGAAAUGAAAAGGUGUCAAUUUAUUGUCAGACAAAAUGCUGCACAUUUCUUUGUAAAAUUGAAAUGUGUCAAACAACAAAACUAAAUUGAAAUUUUAAAACAAACCCCAAUCAAAUAAAUAACACCAAUAAAAGAAAUCUCAUAUAAACAAACUAAGGCUUUGUCUGUGCUCUUUUUCAAUUUAAAAUUAGAAGCAACCGCUGUAUUUUAAACACAACACAAUCCAAACAGAGGUUGCAUACAAUUUCGAAAUUUGAAGCAAAAACAAAAUGGUCUGACUUUAUUUUUGUGAAACUAUUCUACGUAAAACAUCUGCACGAAGCGAAACAGCAGACGAGCUGAAUUAGAAAGCAAAUGCACUCUCUGUCAGCAGUUGGCGCUUGAACAUCAAUUAAACAUUGUUUCCUUGGUUGUAAACAAAGCAGCGCUGCGGUUAUGAACACUACUUUAAUAUGCAGUAUACAGAGGCAAGAUGAGAAGAAAAUACCAUCUACGCUUUUCUAAAGACAGCCAGUCCCCCUCAGAGAUACAUUCAUAUAAACUCCCAAACCAAAUGACUUGCAUUUUUUACGAGUCUCACGAGUCAACGCUCUGUUUUAAUAGUGCUUAAUAAAUAAAUAAACUGAAACUAAAGUGAACUGUUUUGAAUUGUCCUCACCAUGCACUUCACCCCAGUCAGUGACGUCUUUUGACAACACAUUUCUGGAACGUUAGGCAAGACUCUAAAAAAUGGAUCUUUACCACCAUAAAGUAAUGUCACGCUGAGCAAAGGAUGACUAACUGGCAACAUCGUAACAACAUACUUUUUUACACAACAUGUUUGCUGGGUUAUAGCUAAAGACAUCUGUUUCCAGGUGAGGAAUUUUAUCAAAUAAAUUCACAUGAAGUCAUGAGAAAAUGUUUUUUUUUUUUAGAAAGAUGGUUAAUAACAGGUGGAUAAACAAUAUAUAUUAAGGGGUGUGGCCGAGAAAGACUGCGUGAAAUGGGCAGAAAGCUGAACAGAGCAGCUGAUUAUGCUGUUCCAUGUGCAAAUGUCUAUGAAAACAGAUCGGUACAGUAAAAUACAGUCAUAUUUUAAAAAUCUUUAGGCCAUUGCAGUGUCACCAGACGCUAUCAUAUUUAAAGCCCCCUUAAAUCACAGCUUAAUACUGUAUAUGGUUUAAAAAAUUCUGUUCUGACAUUGAGGUUUAUAUAUAUAUAUAUAUAUAUAUAUUUUUUUUUUUUUUUUUUACUUUCAUAAUAUUUGGUGGAGAUGGGGCACCACCAGCAGCAGCCUGGUCACAUGUUUUCCAGUAUGCGGUUGCUGAUUUUGAAAGUGAAACUAAGAGUGAAACUGCACAUUGCUCAGUCAACAGGAGGAGCUCAAAUCAGCCACAGAGAAUAACCAGAGACAUACUGAGAGCCCAGGAACGUCCCCUAACUCACUCUAGACCAAUCAGCAUCGAGAGUCUGGACCUGAAGGUGUGUUUAAGAAACAUGGGUAGAAUAUCAGGAAGCUGUAGACAACUCAGACUGAAGUUAGACUGGAGUGAACUAAAGCAAACAGGAAGUGAAAUGUGCUCGGGUCUCCAGUGGCCAUGGACAAACCAGUGUGCUUGAUUGACACGGCGUCUGAUGGGAAGCUGUGUGUCCAGCAGUCAGCGUUGCAGGUUCUGGAGCAGAUCCAGCAGCCCGUGGUGGUGGUGGCCGUGGUGGGUCUCUACCGCACCGGGAAGUCCUACCUGAUGAACCGACUGGCAGGGCAGCAAACAGGGUUUGCACUGGGCAGCACAAUCGAGUCCAAGACGAAGGGCAUCUGGAUGUGGUGCGUGCCUCACCCCACUAAAGCAGAAACCACUCUGGUGCUGCUGGACACCGAGGGACUCGGGGACGUGGACAAGGGCGACUCAAAGCAUGACACCAGGAUCUUCUCUUUGGCUGUCCUUCUGAGCAGCACUCUAGUCCUGAACAGUCGAGGAACUAUUGACAACAGGGCUAUAGAGGAACUGCAAUAUGUGACUGAGCUGACAGAGUACAUCAAGAUCAAGUCACCUGAUGAAGUUGUAGAUGACGGAGAGUUUGUCAAGUUCUUCCCCAGUUUCAUCUGGGCUGUGAGGGACUUCACUCUGCAGCUAAACAUCGAUGGGAAAGACACAACAGAGGAUGAAUACCUAGAGUUUGCUCUGAAGCUCAAACUAGGUAACUCGAUUCAUGUGAACAAUUACAACCUUCCAAGAGAGUGCAUUCGCAAAUACUUCCCAUCUCGGAAAUGUUUCACCUUCCCAUUCCCAACCAAUCCAGACAAUGUCUCUUAUCUGGAGACAUUGGACCCAGCUGAGAUUUCAAAACGAUUCUUGGAGGUCACGGAUCGUUUCUGCCAGUUUAUCUUUGACCAGAGCCAAGUGAAGAAUCUGAAAGAUGGGUACACGGUCACCGGUAGAGUUCUGGGUCAUCUUGUAAAAACAUACGUAGACACGAUCUCUAGUGGAGCCGUGCCGUGUCUGGAGAAUGCUGUGAUCGCCAUGGCAACGAUUGAGAACGAGGCUGCAUUUCAGGAGGGGCUUGAGGUGUACCAGAGUGGAAUGGAGAAGCUGAAGAACUCCUUUCCUCUGGAACUGAAUGAAAUCACCUCAGAACACCAAUGCUUCAGUCUCAUGGCAACACAGACCUUCAUGAAACGCUCCUUCAAGGACAGUGAUGGGAAGUACUUGACAUCUUUAGAGGAAGCCAUCAGUCAUCAGUUUGACCGGUAUCUCUGGGACAAUGAGAAGGCCUCCGAGGCAAAAUGUGAAAGUCUUCUAUCAGUUCUCUCUGAACCAAUGACAGAGAGGAUCAAUCAAGGAUUUUAUGCCAAAGCUGGUGGGUACGAUCUCUUCUGCCAGGACCUGGAGGACAUUGUGAAUCAGUACAAUACACUGGCCUGUCAAGAAGUCAAGAUUGCCGAGGUGUUGGAGAAAUUUCUACAGCAAAAGGUUGCAGUUACCACAGCCAUUCUGCAGGCUGAUGACAAACUAACCGAAAAUGAAAGAAGGAUUUGUGAGGAGAGAGAGAGGGCAGUCCUUCUGGAACAGGAGAUUAAGGCCCAGGAAGAGAGGCAGCGUCAGCUGGAGGAGAAGAUGAAGAUUGAAGAACAGAAUAAUGAGGAGAGGGUGAGACAGGUCAUACAGAUGAUGGAAAAGGAUAUGUUCGUCCAGCAGCAGGAGACGGAGCGCGCCAUGGACAGUAAGCUGAGGGAACAGACUGCCCUGCUGGAUAAGGGCUUUCAAGAGAAAGCUAACAAAAUGGCCAGCGAGAUAGAGGAGUUAAAGAGGAAGAAUAAAGAGGUAGAGGAUAGGAAGUCCAGAGAGUUCGCAAAGAUGAUAGCAGAUCAGGAGCAAAGAAAUGCACAGAACAUGGAAGUGCUGAGGCAACAGCACAGACAGCAGAUGGAUGCAAUUAACAGCAGACCGAGACCGAGGCCUGCAUCUCGAUCCUGUUCUAUACAGUGAAAUGUGUUGACAGUCGUAGUGCACUGCUUUUACAGAACUCUGAAUUCAUAACUACUAUAAUCUCACUGAAAACAAUGUGUAUUUCAUUGUUUUUACAGAAAAUCCUCACAUGUAACCCCCUUUGCAAUCGUUUUCACAAACAUUUUCAUAACUAAUUUACUUACACAUUACCGAUUUGACAGAUUUGAUCACUGGUCAUUGUUAAGGGAGGAAGGUGGGAAUGAUUCCUAGGGCACCUAGUGAACAUCACAUAAUGAUUAAUAGAUCAUUAAUUAACAUAAAAUGCUUACAAAUGUUAAUAAGCUUUCAAAUUAUACAGUAUAUGAUCAUGCACUUUAUAACAAUAUACAAAUGAUUUUAACAGAUGUUAUACACCGAUUAACAGCUUAUUUAUUAGUGUGCAUUUGAAUGCUUGCAAAUGUAAUUAAACUGGUUGCUUAAACUGAUUAAAAUAAAUUACAGAUAUUCUAAUGCACUUUUUACAUUUGCAAAUAUUCUAUCAAUGUCAGUAAAUUUAAGCUCUUUUCAACACUAUUCAUGUUGACAUGUGAUUAAUUAACUCAUAACCACAGUCUGUAAAGUCAUGUCAAUGACGUACAAAUCGCAUGAAAUGCGACAUGGCCGUUCAGACUGAAGUCGCAUUGCGAAACAUCAGAUAUGUAUCUGAUUUAGGACCACAUAUGAAAGUGGCCUGGGCCUGAUUCGAAAAAAUCGGGAUUUGUGCUGUUCAGACUGUCAUAAGAAAAUCAGAUAUGGGUCACAUUUGGGCAAAAAGUCAGAUAUGGGCCACUUUAGCCUGCAGUGUGAACCUAGUCUUAGUAUCAUUAAGUAUUCUUUAUAGUGCUCAAUUGUUAUGCUUUUUAACCUUGCUCUUUUUAUAUCACUGUAAAGUAACUGCUCAAACGUUACAUUAUUUUGAUAAAUGAACAAGUACUGUCUUUCUUUUUUGGAUUUUUUUCUUUAUGUUGAUGUGUGAUGAAAGGAAUAUCCUCUGUUUAAGGAUAUUGUCUACUAUGAGUAUUAAGGCAAUAAAACAUGUUUUGCACCAAAAUGACUUUUAUGUGGGCUUAGUUGUUGUUGUUUUUAUGUCUUUAGCAAGAAUAUACUGUAAAUACUCUUUGAUCAAACUUUACUCAAAUUUUGCUACAGUCGCUAAAAGUCCAGCUCUCAUAAAGGUCCUUAAGCUAACACUUAUUUUAAGGGUAGUUAAGCAUUAACACAGCGUUUCUUACAGUUUCCUAUUUAGCUCCCAAACUCUGGAACAGUCUACCUAACACUGUUCGGGAGGCAGACACACUCUGUCAGUUUAAAUCUAGAUUAAAGACACAUCUCUUUAGCCUGGCUUACACAUAACACACUAAUACGCUUCUAUUAUUCAAAUCUGUUAAAGGAUUGUUAGGCUGCAUUAAUUAGAUCAACCGGAACCGGGAACAUAAUGCUUUUGCAUUAUUGACAAACUAUUUUCCUAUUUAAUACUGUAAAGCUGCUUUGACACAAUCUUGUUAAAGCACUAUAUAAAUAAAGGUGACUUGACUAAACAGC